AUGAGAUGGGGAUCAAUAGUUACUACUGAUCAACAAGGGUGGAGGAAGGGUCCUUGGACUCCUGAAGAGGAUAAAUUGCUUAGUGAAUAUGUUAGAUUGCAUGGAGAUGGAAGAUGGAGUUCUGUUGCAAGAUCCUCAGGAUUGAACAGGAGUGGCAAAAGCUGCAGAUUAAGGUGGGUGAACUAUCUAAGGCCAGGCCUUAAGAGAGGCCAAAUAACACCUCAGGAGGAAGCUAUCAUUAUUGAACUUCACGCCUUGUGGGGUAACAGGUGGUCAACCAUUGCUAGAUACUUGCCAGGGAGAACAGACAAUGAGAUAAAGAACUAUUGGAGAACACAUUACAAGAAGAGAUCAUCCCAAAAACAAGAAAAGAGAAAGGCUGAUCAUGAUCAUUCAAAACAAAAACAACAAGAAGAAGGUCGUGAAAGAAUUGAACUAGCUAACAACACAGCCGCCGUUGAUCAUGAUCAUCUGGGUGAUCAACAAGGAAGGCAAGAUGAUCAGACGGUCAUGAUGACAUGCCCAACCAUGGAUCAGGAUCAGUGGUUGCGUUUGUUGACUCAAGACAGUGUUGUUGGGUCCUGGUCAGAUAAUCCUGUGGUUGAGGAAGAGCUGUGGGGUGACCUGUGGAAUAUGGACGAUCAUGCAAGUAAUUAUAUUAACUGCAACCGUACAGCUUUUCCAAUGGGAGGAGAUCCCAACACUACCUAUAAUAUUUAGGCUACAUUUAUUAA